AUGGCAGACCCUGCAACGAUCUACGAGUUCCUGAAGCAGCAGCCCUCAAGCGGUGCAAAGAGAGCAGCGCCACCGGCCACCACGACGCGCACCUUCCAAUGCCACUUCUGCCACCGCAAGUUCUACACCUCCCAAGCCCUCGGCGGCCACCAAAACGCCCACAAGCUGGAGCGCGCCGCCGCCAGGAGAACCACCGUCAACAUCAACGUCCCUUUCCACAAUAAUAAUGGGCCUCUCCCCCUCAAGCCCACCGACCCCAAGCCCAGGCCCGAGCCCCUGGAGCCCGCUUCACCCCCCACCGGGCUUUUCUUCCACCACCCCCCCUACUGGCUCGACGUGGAGCCCUUGCAGUUCCAAACCACGCACGUGACCGCCACGCUCCCUCUUCCAUUCCACGCUCCUUCCCCUUCCCCUUCCCCUUCCCCUUCUGCUUCCUCUCACAAUGUUGAUGCUUCUGAACACGUCAACCUCGACCUCACCCUUCGCUUGUGA